AUGGAGGCCAGCUUCCCCGCCGGCGCGGCAAAUGGCGGCAACAACAACGGCGCCGGCGCGCAGCGGGCUCAGCAGGCGCCGGCGAUCCGGGAGCAGGACCGGCUGAUGCCGAUCGCGAACGUGAUCCGCAUCAUGCGGCGCGUGCUGCCGGCGCACGCCAAGAUCUCGGACGACGCCAAGGAAACGAUCCAGGAGUGCGUGUCGGAGUACAUCAGCUUCAUCACGGGGGAGGCCAACGAGCGGUGCCAGCGCGAGCAGCGUAAGACCAUCACCGCCGAGGACGUGCUCUGGGCCAUGAGCCGCCUCGGCUUCGACGAUUACGUCGAGCCGCUCAGCGUCUAUCUCCACCGCUACCGCGAGUUCGAGGGCGAGGCCCGUGGCGUCGUCGGCCUCGGUGCCGCGCGUGGAGGCGGCGCUGGCGACCACCACCACCACCACCACUCCCACUCUAUCAAGUCCCGCGCGCCCGCCGCCAGCAUGGUGCCGCACCACCACGACAUGCAGAUGCACGCGGCCAUGUACGGACCGGGGGCCGUGCCCCCGCACCAUGGCGGGUUCGUCAUGCCGCACCAGGGCCAGUACCUGCCGUACCCAUACGAGACGUACGGCGGCGACCACGCCAUGGCCGCGUACUACGGAGGCGCCGCGUACGCGCCCGGCAACGGCGGAAGCGGCGACGGCAGUGGCAGCAACGGGAGCGGGAGCGGGAGCGCGUCGCACACGCCGCAGGCCGGCAGCUUCGAGCACCAGCACCCGUUUGCGUACAAGUAG